AUGCCGGCACCUCCCCCGAACGGUGCCGCCCUCCAUCGCCGACGACACUGCCACCACCUCCCCGAGCCCACUGCCUUCCCCCUGCAGCUCCCCUGUGAGCAAACCCCCCUCCGCUUCCUUCCCUCCUCCCUGUUUCAUCCCGUUCGCCCCAUAGAUGCGCUCGACCUUGCCGACUCCGGCCGCUGCUCACUCUCCUGCCGCCUAGUACCCGCGCUCGCCGGGAUUGCCCUCCCGCACGCGCCCUCCUCGAUCGAGCCUUGUCCCCGCAUCGUCACGUGCUCGCCGCUCCCCGACCGAGCGCUUGCCAGCACCUCCCCGCUGCCCGCUGCUGCUACCUCCCUGGCCGAGCCCCUGGCCUGCUUCCUCCCCGCGCGCGGAUGCUCGCGUUCGCCGCCCACGUUUGCCCGCGCUCCGGCUCCCUCCGCCUCCCAGCAGCACCGCUCCACCGCACCCGCCCACGCGCCGCUAGCCGCCCGUGCCCCCUUCUGCUACCUGCGGCUGCACCUGAGCUGCCGCGCCGCCCCCUCUUCUCGCCGCGGCUGGGGCAGCUUCUGCUGGCCCGCGCGCCGCUGGUGGCGCCCUGCUGCCGUCCCGCUGGCGUCCCCCUCCGGCGACCGCUCGGCCUCGCCGGCCUCGUUCGCCGCGGCGCCCCUGGGCGUGCGCCCGAUCGGGCCGUGCCCGAAACCCGUCGCCCGCACCCGCUAUGUCCCCUGGGCCAAUGACAUGUGGGGCGUAGCCCCUACAACAUUAUUUAUAAAAAAGGAAUUACAAAAAUAA